AUGCUCAGGGUCAGAAUCCAUCAUGACCCAAAGAUGCUUGAGGCGGCAUCCUCUAUUUGCAACGCCUGCAAACAGAUUUUUGAGAUUGGUGCCCUCACUGCAGAUAAGCUGGCUCUCGCAAUCCUUCUCAGCGCACUGAGUGACAAUGCACUCUGCCACAUUUGCGUCAAGUACAAGGACGACAGUACAGCUACCCCUGCCAACAUUGUGGCCAUGUUGGAGAAGGAAAAGAUUUGGCUCAAGAAGGAGCUGAAGAAGCAGGCUGAGGAGGAGGAGCGUGCAAACGUAGCGCGUGCACAGGUCACAGCAAAGACUGCAAUACCUAUGAAGCUAUCAUUGUCAGGCAGGCUUUGUGGCACGUGCAGGGGAUACCAUUGCACAGAGGACUGCUGGGCUGAGGGUGGCAAGAAGACAGAAGUGAAAUCUGGAGCAAAGCCAGGUGGUAAACAGUUGGCCCUGCAGGGAGCCAAUGGGAAGCUCGUGUACUUCACAGUCGUUGAGGGGAACAGCAACAUUGCUGUGACAGCGCUUGUUCCAGCCACCACCUCUGGCCCUGACCGUGACAACCCUGAUGAUACCUCCAAUGCCAAGCUUGAGAAGAUUUACGCUACAUAUCAUCAGAAUCAUUCCCACUCAUCUUCUACUGCAUUCUCGACAUUCUCCAUGGUUGUUGCCAAGGAUAUCCCUAACAAUAUUGAGCACAUCUUCCUCACCAGGGCCCAAGACUCUUAUGCUGCCGACUUUGGGGCUACAGCUCACAUCUUGCCAGAACAUUGA